UCUUGCGCAUGCGCAGUCCCGCUGGCCCGAGAAGUUCGUAGCCUUUGUGAGGCCGUGGUGGGAGGUGCCAGCUUCGAGGGCCGAGCCGGCUCGGGACGGAGCGAAGCCUUUUGGAGGAGCCCCCCGAGGGGCGGCGGGAAGGAGGACCACGAGGCCGCGGGGCUUCCCGCCCCUCCGCCCCGAGCGGGCUGCGCUGGGGCGAGAGCAGAACCUUCGCGGCCGGGAGGAGGCGGUGGCCAUGGAAACUAAUGUGGCCGAAACGCCCGGGAAGAGAGCUCUGCCUCCCCAGGAUUCUCCCUUUUCCCAAGAAAACUGCACAGAAGAGGGAGAAGUGGCAGCUUUGCGCCUCAUGGCCAGGUCGCAGGCAUCAGUGACCUUCAAGGAUGUGGCCAUGGACUUUACCCCAGAGGAGUGGGGGAGGCUGGAUCCCGCCCAGAGGGACGUGAUGCUGGAGAACUACAGGAACCUGGUCUCACUCUGGCUUCCAGUUUCCAAACCUGAGAACCACAGUUUGGAGAAUGGAAAAGAACCACUACUGCUUGAGAGAAAAGCCCCCAAAAGCAGCUGCUCAGACUCAGAGACUAGUCCCAGAAGCAAGGAUUCAACUUCAGUGCAAGAUUUUUGCAAAGAAGAAUCAUGCCAGGUUGCAAUCAUAGACAGGCUGACAAGGGACAGUGUCUGUAUCUCCAGCACAGAAACAACUCUUGACUGUAAAGACUGGUUGGAGAAUCAGCAGGGAAGUCAGGAGAGACACUGGAGAGGAAUGUUCACCCACAUGAAUUCACUCCCAGAAGAGAGAGCCCCUGAGCACGACGUUUACUGGAAAACCCUAGGCCAGAAGUCAGUCCUUCUCACUCAAGACAGAAUUCCCAAAGGACCCUAUGCUUUCCACACCCUUGAAAAAAGACUGAAGCAGAAAUCUACCUUAAUGAAAAAGCAGAGGACCUAUAAGGAAAAGAAACCUCAUAAAUGCAAUGACUGUGGUGAACUCUUCACUUACCACUCAGUGCUCAUUCGACACCAGAGGGUCCAUACGGGGGAGAAGCCCUACAGCUGUGCAGACUGUGGGAAAUCUUUCAGCCACCGGGCUAAUUUAACCAAACAUCAGAGAACUCACACAAGAAUUCUCUUCGAGUGCAGUGAGUGCAAAAAAGCCUUCACCGAAAGUGCAUCCCUUGCCAUUCAUCAGAGGAUUCACAUUGGAGAAAGACCGUAUGAGUGUGGUGAGUGUGGGAAAGGCUUUAAUCGAAGCACCCAUCUUGUGCAGCACCAGCUGAUCCACACAGGGGUGAAGCCCUAUGAAUGUAACGAGUGUGAUAAAGCCUUCAUUCAUUCCUCAGCACUCAUUAAACAUCAAAGAACUCACACUGGAGAGAAACCUUACAAAUGCCAGGAGUGUGGGAAAGCCUUUAGCCACUGCUCGUCACUUACCAAACAUCAGAGGGUUCACACCGGAGAGAAACCCUAUGAGUGCAGCGAAUGUGGGAAGACUUUCAGUCAGAGCACACACCUUGUCCAGCAUCAAAGGAUUCACACAGGAGAGAAACCCUACGAGUGUCAUGAGUGUGGGAAAACCUUCAGCCGGAGCUCCAAUUUCGCUAAACAUCAAAGAAUUCAUAUUGGCAAGAAACCAUACAAAUGUAAUGAGUGUAGCAAAGCCUUCAUUCAUUCGUCAGCCCUUAUUCAACACCAGAGAACUCAUACUGGUGAGAAACCCUACAGAUGUAACGAGUGUGGGAAGAGCUUUAAGUGCAGUUCAUCCCUCAUCAGACAUCAAAGGAUUCACAUGGAAGAGCAGCCCUGAAAAAUGACUUGAGUGCUAAGGAAUAGUCCCAGGCAAGAAGAAGACCUGGAGCAGCUCCGAGGCACAAGAAAUAUAUCUUCAGACCUCACAUGAUGCACAUUUUUUGUCGUCGUUCUUCUGUGUAUUGGUCUUUGUCGUAUCCCAGAGCCCUGGAGAAGGUAGAAAAGGCACAGAGCCACCCUGAUCUUGACAUAAGUUACAUGGGUGACCAAAGACCUAGUAGUGGGAUGGAAACAAAAGCAAGAGUUCAAAUAAAUAUU